AUGUAUAUUUGAUGUGUAAUAAGUUCAAUAAAUAAUUUAUUCUCAUGUAAAGUAGGAAAAUAAAAAAUAAUAUAUAAGCUUUAAAAAUCUUUUGAACAUUAUCAGCCGUCCAAAUGUACUCUCCGAAAAUUGCUUGUCUUUUUUUCCAAGGUCAAUGCUGUCGGCAAUGCGUUCUUUAAUCCAGCUGUUACACACUUGUCACAUAACAUCGAGCGCAGUGUAAAUGUUUCUUCCAUUUAUAAUAUAUCUCGUCCAGUGCCGUGGUGUUGUUAAUGGCCGACUUCGCGAUUCACUUAUGAACCUCGUCCAACUUCACAAUUAUUAUGCGCGGCAUUUGUUUACGCUCUGAAGUUCGUCUUGAAUGGAUUUCUUUUAUUGCUUCCCGAGACCAUGAUGAAUGAAAUGACAGUGCCUGCGGACCACUUCGAAAGCAGAAAGAUUUGAUUAUCAGCGAGCGUGCAAUAAUUAUUCCGCCGAAUAAAUCGAGCCCAAGAUGAAAUUUCCGCAGAUACGUUGCCAUCGACACGUUUUUCGACCUCCCGCGCUAGGUUAGAUUUUCCAAAACCACAAACUGGAGAUUCUGCCAUUGUAGCGCGAAGCGUGGUUCGAAUUUACAUUUGAGAGAUUGGUUUAAUAAUUAUGGGCUCAUUAAACCUCAUUUGUCCUAUGUGUUGCGGUGAAACCUUCAAUAAUCCUCUAUCUCUCAAGUACCAUUUGUUAAGUAUGACAGACAAUCUCUAUUGCCCUGGCUGUUCGCAGCGUUCUGACUCUGUGACAGCGCUCAUUCAGCAUCUGGACAAGUGUGAGCAAGAUCUAGAACACGAAGUGAAGCCCAACAUCUUCGGGGACGAGCUCUGGAAAGCCAGUAUGGAGUCUGAGGCCAAGAUAAAUAUUUUAAUGGAUUGUCAGACUAAAACAACACAGCAAAUCAAUCAGAGCAUUCUCGCAACAGUGAACAACAAUGGAGUUGUUAUAGUGGAUGAUCAGCAGACUAUACAAAUGGAUGAAAAUGGAGAGAUAAAAGUUGUAGAAAAGAUGGACAUGGAAGAAACGCAACCAGAUCUAAAUUCUCUGGAUUUCAAGAUACCUGAAGGACUUCCCGAUUCUGGUGGUGGAAUGCAAAGAAGACUGCAGCUAUCGCAGAGAUUGGUAGCUAUACCUGUAUCAAACACCAAUACGGAGUGCAAAAUAACACCAGUGGAGAAAAAUAUUAUUGCUGUGUUGCCUGACAGUUCCGAACUUUUCGAUGGUGCUGAUACCACAUUGAUUGAUAUAGAUCGUGUGAAUGAGGCAGGGGAGAUUGGCGAUACCGAUGUUCUGCGAGUUAAGCAAGAAUUAGCUGAGAUGGAAUCUAACGCUAUAUAUAGUUGCACUAGUUGCGAAAUCAGUUUUAAUUCCGUUUUGGAACAUAUCAAACAGUUUCACGAUGGCCAGGAAGUUCUGUUGGAGAUGGCGGAACAAUUAGACGACUUGACAACGACAAUACCUUCAAAUUUGGUGUCUGCGGUGCCAGAGAGUACUGACAAUUUUGUAAAUGCACGACAACGACAGACAAUGAAUACGCUGCGCACGGAGGAAUGUGUGGACAGCGAAGGUAGACUGUAUACCAGGAAGGUAGUUCAGAUCGAAAGAUUCUGGGACCGCACGCCAAUUCAAGUCACGACGUCGCAAUCGGCGAAAGCUCCGAUGAUCGAGAAGUUCUUCUCGAACGUGGAAGGCGUUAAGGUACGAGAGAAGCGUUUGGCGACCGCAUCAGUACGAAUGUACAGGUGCAAUCAAUGCUUGCAGCAGUUCUCCAAGUUGGGAAACUUUCGUGUGCACGCCUGUCUCCAUGGCAACAAUCGUUGCGAGCACUGCGACCAAAGCUUUGCGACCCCGAAGGCCUUGCAACUUCAUGUGAAAGUACAUGAGAGUGAUGUAGACCCGAGCCAGAAGACUUUUAUUUGCGUCACAUGCGGUACCGAGUUCUGUUCUCAUAAAAGUUUGCGAUUACACUCAAGAAUGCACGCUCCUGUAAGGGCCAGACAUGUGGAUGCACCCGAGGGGACUCCUAAUGCAACUUUUACUUGUCCAGAAUGCGGUAAAACUCUGUCGGAGUCGUACAAAGACGCACACAUGACGUUGCACACCGGUGACUCGGUGACGUGCACCAUUUGUAAUAGAAAGUUCGAUUCUGCGGACAGUUUGGCGAUGCACGCGGCGGUGCACACCGAACUAGCUCUUACUCCGCAAUCGCCUACUCUUCCCGUUUCUAUCGCAACUCUGGUCGCCGAGAAGACAACGGUCACGACAACAGCAGCGGCGAUGACCGCGACAACAUCAACGAUAACGACAACAGCGACGGCAGCGGUAACAACAGUGGAAAUGACUGACAGUCAGAAACCUUAUCAGUGUCAGCAUUGCGGGCGCAGGUUUACCAGACCUCACGAAAAAGUGAAACACGAGCGUAUUCAUACCGGAGAAAAGCCGCACGCCUGCGAGGUUUGUGGCAAGACCUUUCGAGUGUCUUACUGUUUGACGCUACAUAUGCGUACGCAUACCGGUGUACGACCCUACGCCUGCCAGCAUUGCGGCAAACGAUUCAAGGCAUCGUCCGUGUACAAUCAUCACUUGCUGACGCACGGCGAAGAGCGCGCCUACACGUGUCCAUAUUGUCCGAAGACUUUCAAGACGCGAGUGCAAUUAGCCGGUCAUAAGAACAGUCACACGAAACCGUUCCGAUGCACCGAGUGCUCGCGACCAUUUGCGUCUCUGUACGCCGUUCGUGCGCACAUCCAGACGCAUAAGAAAGACAACAAUCUAAAAUUCAGCUGUUAUAUAUGCGGCGCGUCGUAUGGUCGAGCAUUUGCCUUGAAAGAUCACCUAAAGCAGCAUGGCCAGGAUGUGUUAGCGCCGCCGGAACCGGCGCGAGAAGAGGAGAUUCACGAGAACUUUCUUCUCGUUGAGGAAGAAACUGAGGAAGAUGUGUUUGUGGCACCGUCAUCAUCCUCGCUUCCUAUCGUCACGCGUUCUCCUGACGCGAACGACAUUGUUUGAAGCCAACUGUUGCAAUCCGAUUCUAGUCGAAUCGUAAUGUAUAAGUGUUCAUUUAAAGUUACUACGACUGACGCGGUUGUUAUAUUUUGAUCUGUGGAAGGCAAAUCCACAUAAGUAUCUGUGCGCGUUUGCACAAUUUAUAUCUUACAUCUUGUUGCAUAGGUGAUAGUAAAUUUUCUACCAAAACUUGAGAUCGGUUAAAGUCUUGUUCUAUCAAUGUAAGAGCGUUGUUAAUUCGUCACUAAAUUUAACUUGUUUAUAUGUUUUGUAUAUUAAACAGUUCAUCAAUUGUAAACUCGUGAGUUUACUUCGGAGUUAGAUCAAUGA